AUGGACCUUAACGGACAUACUAAGACCUACCAUCAGGAUGAUGGUCGGCCAAGGGGCAGUCUUCGAGAAGACGAUCCGGUUUGCGUCGUUGGAAUGGCGUGUCGUCUUCCGGGUGACGUUCGAUCGCCUACGGAACUAUGGCAGUUCCUCAUGGACAAGAAGUCUGGACAGGGACCCGUACCUCCAGAACGUUACAACAUCAAGGGAUUCUACUCUUCGAAGGGUGAUAAAUCUGGAGUCACGAAUGUGGAUGGUGGGUACUUCAUACGAGAAGACGUUCGACAGUUCGACAAUGAAUUCUUCGGUAUAAACAACUAUGAAGCUACAUAUGGUCAGCAAAUAAACUCAUCCCCAGUACUCCUAAUGGACCCGCAGCAACGCAAGCUUCUAGAGGUAGUCUACGAGUGUUUUGAGAAUUCCGGAGCGUCUCUCAACGACAUGUCCGACUCCAACACGGGAGUAUACGUAGGGAAUUUCACUCAGGACAACCUACUCAUGCAAUUGAGAGAUCCUGACGAUCUGCGGCGCUACCAAGCCACUGGAUCUGGUUUGACCAUGUUGGCUAAUCGAAUCAGCCACACGUUCAACCUACAUGGCCCAAGUUUAACACUCGAUACGGCGUGCUCGUCUUCGAUCUAUUGUCUGCACCUAGCGGUGGCUGCCUUGAAAGCAGGGGAGUGUGAUGGGGCAAUCGUGGCAGCUUCCAACCUAAUCAUGACCCCAGGACCACACAUCGCGGCCAUGAAGGCCGGCAUGCUCUCUCCAACGUCAACAUGCCACACCUUUGACAUCUCAGCUGAUGGCUAUGCGCGAGCUGAAGGUGUCAACGCCGUGUAUGUGAAACGUCUGUCUUCGGCUAUCAAAAACAACGAUACCGUUUACGGUAUUAUUCGUGGAACGGCAGUUAACUCGAACGGACGAACCCCUGGAAUGAUAUAUCCUAGUGCAGACUUCCAGCAAGUUGUAGUUCGCAAGGCUUACAAGGAUGCGAAUCUCGACUUCUCCGAUACAGACUAUAUUGAAUGCCACGGGACUGGAACAGAGCUAGGAGAUCGUGUCGAGUUGAAUGCCUUGGGAAAUUGCUUCUCUAAAGAUAGCAGGAAACCCCUCAUGAUUGGAGGCACAAAACCGGCUUUCGGACAUAGCGAAGCAGCAAGUAGCCUUACGUCGCUAAUCAAGGUUAUCCUGGCCUUUCAACAUGGCAUGAUCCCGCCCACUCGUGGGGUCGAGACACCCAAUCCAAAACUUGAAAUGGAUCGCUAUAAUAUGGAGGUUGUGACCGAGCCCAAACCGUGGCCAAGGAAAGUUCAACGAGCAAGCCUCAGCUCCUUUGGCUACGGGGGCGCGAAUGCGCAUGUGAUACUAGAGUCGCCUUCUAGCUACAUGGGUAAUUCACCCCCAAUCACACAUGGCCCAGCCACAAAUGGGCUACAUGACAAUUGCCAGCCUUUAUUGUUAUUGGUUUCGACAUCGUCGCCAAAGUCUUUGGAGGCUCGCGCUAGCCAGAUAUAUCAGCUUGCGAAGUCAUGCGAUAUUCCGGGUCUGAGAAGCCUAGCAUACACUUUAGCUAAGCGCUGCACGCAUUUAAGAUACCGGACGUCAUUACUUGUAACACCUAGUCAAGAUGAAAAGCCCGAAGACUGGACAAUUGAGCUAGCUGAAGGCGCCAAUUCUACCAAAGCAGGUCCGCUAAACUUCGCAUUUGUUUUCACUGGUCAAGGAGCGCAAUACCAUGGCAUGGGAAAAGCACUUCUUGAUAGUAGUCGGGUUUUUCUCGACACCAUCAGAGAACUAGAUCAAGUUCUCCGAAGUCUUCCCCCACCAUAUGCGCCCGGCUGGACCCUGGAGAGCAUGUUGCGGGAUAAUACUGACGAGAGCCUAAUAAAUGAAGCUGUAAGGAGUCAACCGAUCUGCACCGCUGUACAGAUUGGCCUUGUUAACAUUUUGCACACCUGGGGUGUCAAACCCUCUGCCACUAUCGGCCAUUCAUCCGGCGAAAUCGGCGCAGCAUAUGCGGCAGGUCUCCUAAGCACAUCUCAAGCUCUUCUUGUUGCAUAUUUUAGAGGGUAUGCUGUAGCAGAGAACCCCGCCUCGGGCGCUAUGCUUGCCUGUGGACUUGGUGCUGAAGGAGCCGAAGCGAUGAUACAACAAUGUGGAUUCGCAGAACAAGUCUGCAUUGCCUGUUUCAAUGCGCCUGAGAGCGUCACGUUGAGUGGACCGAAGAACUGUAUUGAACAGAUACAAUUGGAACUCCAGAACCGCAAAACAUUUUGUCGGCUCUUAGAGACAGGUGGCCAGCCCUAUCAUUCCCAAGGGAUGAAGAACGCUGGUGUACUAUACGAAAAACUGCUCAAGCCAUACCUUCAAGAUAAGCCCCAGGACGAUCCUUUUGGUACAAAGAUGUACUCCACUGUCUACCAUAAGCUGGUCAGUCCCAAACUUGUCGAUACCUCCACACCAAUGGCCGAAUAUUGGAGAGGCAAUCUGGAGAUGCCGGUCCGGUUCCACUCGACUUUGCAGCAUCUCAUCCGGGGCCAGAGGUUCCACCUUAUCGAAAUAGGGUCGCACUCUGCACUAAAAGGCCCUAUAAAUCAAAUUCGAAGAGCUGCGCUGCUCGAUGAGCGGGCUAUUCCGUAUAGCCCAUCACUGAUUAGGGGGCAAGACGCUCAUCUAAGUAUGAUGAGACUCGCCGGCAGGCUAUUCGCUCACGGUUGCGAAUUAGACUGGAAAGCCAUCAACUCCAUUCCCGAAAGAAGCCGUAUCUUGUUUCAGGGUUUGCCUCCGUAUCCUUGGGAUUAUUCGGCCGGCUUACUAUGGUUUGAGCCUCGUACGAGUAAUGAGCUACGCAACCGCCCUUUUAUUCGACACGAGCUUCUUGGUUCUCAGCAACUUGCCGGGAACGGCAUCGAUUGGAGCUGGAGAAAUGUCCUGCGCCCGAACGAGAUGCCGUGGAUUCGCGACCAUAGGAUUGAAGACCAAGUAGUUUUCCCAGCUACAGGUUAUUUUGCUUUAGCCAUGGAGGCAGUAACCAGGGCCAGAGCGGCAUGUGGAAGUCCCUUGCUUGGGCGUCCAACGUUUGAUCUACAUAAUGUCAGCAUCAAUUCUGCUAUGGUGGUGCCUGAGGAGAGUGACUUAGAGAAAGUGCCUGUUGAGCUACACACUACCCUUAAUACACGGAGGAUAUCCUCGAAGAGCUCCUCGGCGGGCAUAUACGAUUUCACUGUGUCUUCCUGGACCGCUGGUCAGGCUACCGUCCACUGCGUAGGAAGCAUUAGAGUAUCCGAUGCACUGCCUGAAGCUGCAGUAGGAGCCAACGGAGUCUCAGGCCCAAGCGAGUAUAGAGAUUGGAAUAUGGACCGAUGGUAUGAGAAAUACGCAGAAGAAGGAAUGUUAUUUGGGCCGUAUUUUCGAGCGCUGACGGGCGUAAGAGCUGAUAUCAAUCAAGCACGACCCGAUGUUUUAUGCUCUGCCAAAAUAUGUUCGCCUAUGCUUAGGGACUCGGCCAACCGUUAUCCUGUGCAUCCCAUAACGAUUGAUGCCUGCCUACAGGCUGCUCUGAUUAGUGCCACGUCUGGAAAUCCUGAAUAUUUCCGAGCUUAUGUACCAGUGUUCAUCUCGCAGUGUCGCAUCAGGACAUUAGCGCUCCCAGAUGACGAUAAAGAACAGAAAGGGGUCAUUCACGCAACAUCCCAACGAACUGGAUUCUCCAGCCUAAGAGCAGAUUCUACCCUGCAAGAUGGCCAAGGGAUGCCUCUGGUUCAGAUGAAAGGUGUCCGAUUGACCAUGUAUACUGGGAAAGUGGCUAAAGACGAGAGCAGCAGUAGUCCCCACCUACAAAGGCACCCGGUGAUGAACGUAAACUGGAAGCCAGACAUCAUGCGGCUUACGCCGGACACGGCGCCUCAACUACAAGAUUAUAUUGCACGUUUUCUUCGAGAUCGGCCCUCAUCAUCGAGUGAUGACGAGUGCAAGGGUAUCAUGGGCGCAAUACUGGACCUAGCAGGCCAUAAAAACCCUCGAAUGCGGGUUUUGGAAAUCGGAGAAUCAAAUGAUAAUUCGAAGGGCGAGUGGCUAGAGUUACUAGCUGACGGAACCGCGUUCCCCCGAUACAGGUCAUGGCUGUCAACUAAGCCAGGUAAUGGGGGUGACGUUUUGGUAGAGGAUACCAACAAAACCAGGUUCGACAUUGUGAUUCAUAGUGACAACGCAUCUCAAGGGCUCUGGAAAUACUCGCCAAUAUACCUCAUGUCGCUCGUCAAUGACCAUGGGGUCAUAAUUGCCCGUAAAUCGGAUACUGUCAUAGCAGAAUUAACGGCAGCAAGUUUUCAGGUAAUAGAUAUCGCCGAUCGUGUCACCGUGGCACUGCGUAGAAAAGAACGAAAAGCUCUAGACGGGCGAAGCGUCCUCAUCGUCACUCGGGAUGCAUCUCCGUUGCUACAAGGCUUCAUUGCUGAUCUGACAGAACACUUGGAGCAGACGCACGGGACUCGUGAGAUUCGCACAAUCUGUCUGGCUCAGCUUCCAACGACAGAGAUCUCCGGGAAUAUAGUUUGUAUCUCGCUGAUAGAAAUAGAACGGCCAUUCCUGGCCGAGUUGAGCCAGGGGGAUCUGGAGCUUCUCCACAACCUAAUGAACGCCGUGAAAGACCUCGUCUGGUUAACCGGAGCAAAUUUGACGGGUGUCCCUAACCCCGAUCUUGCAUUGGUACAAGGUCUAUGUUCCUCCAUCCUGGUAGAGCAGCCAUCUUUUCGAUUUACGGUUAUCGACGUUAGCUCUAUUGAGGCCCUAUUGUCUGACUCGCGGAGUUCUUGUCGAAGUGUUAUCCGCGUGCUAGAACGCCACGGGAAAAUCGACGAUAGACAAUUCGUUCUUUCGAAUGGCCUGCUUUACGUUAGUCGCAUAGAGCCUAAUACCACGCUUAACUCGAUAUUUCAAAGCCGGACCAAAAAGACACCCAAAUCCAUGAAAAAGUUGGCACUUUCCCAAGCAACACCAGCCAAGCUGUGUAUAGACAAAGUUGGCCUCAUGGACUCCUUGUAUUUUCAACAGAGUUGUGAUCAGCACACGGCCCCGCCCAAAGGCUUCAUCGAUGUCGAAGUCAAAGCAGUCAGUCUAAACGCAAAGGAUGUGUAUGCAAUGAAUGGGCGUGUCGAAACUAGGACCGGCACAUCAGCAAUCGAGUUUGCUGGUCUAGUCACAGCAGUAGGGCCGGACGAACGCAACUUUGAAGUAGGAGACCGAGUAAUUGUGUUAAAACCUAAUAAUUUUUCGACAAUUGAACGGGUCCCGUCUUGGACCUGUCAUAAACUGCUGGCAUGCGAAGAUUUAGCAGUGAUGACAACAUUACCAACUAUAUACUGUGCUGCCCUGUACGCUAUUCGCGACUGUGCACGGAUACGCUCCGGAGAAUCGGUCCUUAUACACUCAGGGGCCGGCGCUUUUGGUAUCGCUGCAAUAAGUCUAGCACAGCGAGCUGGUGCGGUUAUAUAUGCUACUGUUGGCUCGGAGAAGAAACGAGAGUUUUUAGUCAACCAUCUGGGCAUGUCUGCUGACCGCAUUUUUAGUUCCCGGGACGAGUCAUUCGAGGCCGGAUUAAACGCUGCGACUGGAGGUAGAGGAGUUGAUGUUGUUAUCAACUCUCUUGUCGGAGAUUUGAUGCAUGCUAGCUGGAGAUGCUUGGCCCAUUUUGGCCGCUUCGUAGAAGUGGGCAAGCGUGAACUAGUUGACGACGGUAGGUUGGAGAUGGACAUCUUUUCCCGGAACACGACCUUUACCGCUUUCGAUCUCAGUGAGAUGUUUUUCCUAGAGGGAGAACACUAUCAAGAUAUACUGGCUGGUUUGGUCAAGGACGUCCUUGAGCUGUAUCGCUCCAAGCAGAUCCAACCUGUACCCAUCACAACCUUUGACGUAUCGAACGUUGCCCAGGCAUAUCGCUAUUUCUCGUCCAGGGACAGAGUAGGGAAGAUCGUAAUUUCUCUUGAUAAUCCAAACAGCCUUUUAACUGUUGCACCUCCGAAGUACAUUACAAUACUUGAUUCCACGAAGGUGUAUCUUCUUGUCGGAGCUCUUGGGGGUUUAGGGAGAAGUUUAGUACGUUGGAUGGUGUCACGAGGUGCACGGAAAUUUGUCUUCCUCCAGAGAUCAGGCUGUGAUAAGUCGAGCGCCCGGGAGUUUGUGUCUUGGUUGAGACAAGAAGGAGCACGCACUGUGGUGGUUAAGGGCGAUGUCACAAAAUUGGAUGACGUGGUGGCAGGCAUAGCAGCCUGUAAAGAUCUUGGGGGGCCUAUCGGUGGUGUAUUGCAAGCUGCAAUGGGUCUUCAUGAAGAUAUGUUCAGCGCGAUGACGAGCGAGGUUUGGCACGAAAGCAUAAGGCCUAAAUGGGCGGGUACGUGGAAUCUUCAUAACGCACUAGAAGGGCACGACGACGAUCUCGACUUUUUCCUCAUGACCUCUUCCAUGAAUGGGACUACUGGAUUACCAACGGAAAGCAAUUAUUCUGCAGCAAAUGCUUUCCUGGACAGUUUUGCACACUGGCGAAGGAGCCAAGGCAAACCAGCCGUAUCACUCGCAUUAGGAAUGGUGUCUGACGUUGGCUAUCUUCACGAGAAUCCCAAAAUUGAAGAAUUGCUGCUGCGGAGAGGGACCCAGCCUCUCAGCGAGAGUGACGUUCUUCUACUUGCUGAUAUCGCGAUCGGGGGGGUGAGUAGUCACUGCGGGCUAGGACAGCGACAAGCAGAUAUUGCACCAGCUCAUAUACUCACUGGCUUGGAGACUGCGAAUCUGCGAAAAAUAAUGAAUCAAGGAUUCGAAGUGUCUAAUUCAACCCUAGAUGAUCCUCGGUUGUCUAUCCUAGCAGCUUCACUGGAGGUUGCUCACAAUCCUAUGGGCUCGAACGAAAAUGGAAAUUCGGAAGGCGACCAGCAGAUCAUGAGCACUCCAUGGAUGAGGGGUUUACCCCGGGAGGUUACUGACAUUCUCAAACCAGAACUUGCUGGGGCCUCAUCUUUGAAGGGAUUAAUAUUGCGAAUCUUAACCAAGAGAUUCUCCGACCUGCUGCUCACACCGAGAGACCAAAUCGACCCCGACAGGUCGUUUGUGCAAUUUGGGUUAGACAGCAUGAUCGCGUCGGAGUUUAGAUCAUGGCUUUGGAAUUUAUUUAAGGUGGACGUACCGUUUCUGGACCUUUUGGGUUCUCGCAAGUCUUUGGAUACCGUAGCAGCACUUGUAGAAGCAGAUUUACUAUCACGGACUGUACCUCCUGUCUGCCCCCAACCGCCUUUUCGAUUCUUCCUUGUCGCUUUUGACCAACCCUACGAUGCCGAUAACCCGUUAGACUGGCCAACUGGCCGUAGAUGGAUGGUGACCGACGUCUUGUCCGCUACAGGCUUUAACCGUAUCAUGGUCUCAACAAUUAUGGCCCCAGCAUUAACAACCAUCACCAACGAACUAAACAUGAGCUCAGCUGAGUCGGCCAUGUCCCUUCUAUAUACCUCUUAG